AAAUCCCAUGGUGCCUCUGUUUCGUUUCUUCCGUUCACGCUCUAGCCGACAUUUCUAGGGUUUAAUCUCCGGGACGUGAUGGCGGGGCGAACAUUGAUCGCGAAGCUGCACUCCAUUUCCCUCUCCUCCCGGGUUAUCUCGCUCCCUCUUGCCCGACCGUCCCCUCUACUCCGCUUCCGCCCCCUCCUGGCCGCCGCCGCCGCCUUCGACUACCCACUGCUUCGCCUCAGCUCAACCUGUGGCGCCGCUGGGCUUCGGUGCUUCUCCACCCGGCCGACUACGUCUUCUCUCAAUGACCCGUCGCCGAACUGGAGCAACCGCCCUCCUAAAGAGACUAUCCUUCUCGAUGGUUGUGACUUCGAGCAUUGGCUUGUUGUCAUGGAACCCCCCGAUCCGGCCCUCACCCGCGACGAAAUCAUCGAUAGCUACAUCAAGACCCUGGCCGAGGUCCUCGGCAGUGAAGAAGAAGCGAGGAUGUCAAUUUAUUCAGUGUCGACAAAGCAUUACUUUGCCUUUGGGUGUAAAGUCUCUGAGGAGAUCUCGUAUAAGAUAAAGCCUCUGUCAAAGGUCCGUUGGGUUCUGCCCGAUUCAUAUUUGGAUGUUAAGAACAAAGAUUAUGGAGGAGAACCAUUCAUAGAUGGUAAAGCUGUUCCUUAUGACCCUAAAUACCAUGAAGAAUGGGUUAGGAAUAAUGCACGUGCACAAGAGAGGUCGAGGCGGAAUGACAGGCCUCGCAAUUUUGAUCGGUCGAGAAAUUUUGAGAGAAGAAGGGAAAACAUGCAGAACUUCCAGAAUAGAGAAGCACCACCAGUGCCAAACCAGGAGUUCCGGAAUCGUGAUGCACAGAGUGCCAUGCCACCAAAUGUUCAAAAUCCGAUGCCUCCAAGAGAUGUUUCUGCAGUGCCUACCCGUGAUUUCAAUGCCAUGCCACCUAAUGCACCAAACUACCAGAAUCAAAUACCUAACAGGAGCAGCGGCUAUGGGCCACCAAAUGCUGGACCUAGCUAUCAAGGAACUGGUCAAGGCUAUCCAGAAGGUCCGGGUUAUCAAGGUGGUGGUCAAGGAUACCAGGGUGGUAACCCUGGAGGCAAUAUGCCAGGUGGUCCUGGUUAUCAAGCAGGACGGCCUGGUUAUCAGGGAAGCGGUCCUGGUGGUUAUCAAGGAGGUGGCCCUGGUUAUCAGGGAGGCAAUCCACCUCAUCAAGGUGGCUUCUCUGGCUCCCCGUCAGGCAGCCCUGGUUACCAGGGAGGCAAUCCACCUUAUCAAGGUGGCUUCUCUGGCUCCCCGUCAGGCAACCCUGGUUAUCAGGGAGGCAAUCCACCUUAUCAAGGUGGCUUCUCUGGCUCCCCAUCAGGCAGCACUGGUUAUCAAGGAGGUGCCCGCAACUACGAGCAAGGAGGACCUGGGUAUCAAGGGGGUCCUCCUCAUCAAGGAAGAGACUUGCCUGGAAGAGAUCAAUAGGCAGCAUCCUUGGAUAUUCUGUACAAAACUGAUAUAAGGUGCUACAGUUUCUGCUUCUGUUGUAAGACAUGCGGGGUGCACUCUUUGGAGACUCGAUCUUUAUCUUGAUCUGUAAUGUUGUUGCUUAGGCUUGCUUAUAGGUUGUCCCUUAGUUUCUAGAGCAUGAAUCCAAUAAUAUAUGAAGUACGGAAGUGUCAUCUAGUGCUUCUAGUUGUAGUGAACUCUUGUUUCGUUAUGCUGAAUUUGGUUGUUAUAUUCAUGAAA